AUGAAGGUUCUGAAGGCAGCAUCGCAGUCGACUGAGUUUAUCGACAAGCUGUACAGCAUGCUAGAAGAUGCCCAGAAUCAAAUGUACAUCCAGUGGACAGGCUCUGGCACGAGCUUCCUCAUCAUAAACCCGACAGAGUUUGGGAAGUGCAUGCUCAACAAACACUUCAAACACGGAAACCUGAGCUCCUUUGUGCGGCAGCUGAACAAGUACGACUUCCACAAGAUAAAGAGCUGCGAAAGCAUCCUCAAGCAGUUUGGCCUGCAGGUCUGGGAGUUCAAGCACAGCUACUUCCAGAAGGGCCGCACAGACAUGCUGAAGCACAUCGUUAGAAAAAAGAGCAAUGCAGACAAAAGAUUUAAAACAUCAAGAGAAAUGAGCUCAGACAGCCUCGAAGCGUCGAACAGAAUCCAGUCCCAGAUCAUUGGAACGCUGAAGAUGCUGACUGUGCACUUCCAGGUUCUUGUCGAAGAGGUGAACGAUCUGAAGAGAAAUCUGAGCAGAAAAGACACACUAUUUAAAGAAAACGUAAAUGCUCUCGUAGCCGAAGACAACGUCACAUGCAGCUCGUACGCAGGAGCAAUUCUCCGAAAGAUGGGGUGCUCUCCCGACAUUGUGGAGCAGGAGAAAGAGAUUCUCCAGAAGCUCUCGGAGACAAAGUACGACGUGGUCUUCCUGAGCGCACAGAUCCCCAGCAUACAGAAAAUUCUAACGACCUUCAGACAGUACGAUGAGGUAACGCCUGUAAUCAUCACAGUUGAUGGGCUGGCGCAGGAGGAGUACAUCUCUGUGCUCGGCACCGAUGCAAACGAUGUCCUUGUAAAGCCGUACCACCAGGAUGCAAUGGUGCAGCUUAUGAUCAAGUACUGCUACAACCCGAGAGCGAAUGGAAACAUCCAUGUAAAGCAUGCGCACGGCCUUUCUGCGUGGUAG